CGGAACUUAAGGGCGUCGCGUGCACAAAACCCGGAAGCCACUCGAACUUGACCUGCAAUUCUUUCCGUGUCGUUCAGCAGCACUAGAGAACUACGCAAUGCGACAUAUCUUAUCCAAGUCUCUUGCAUAUGUUCGUGAAACGGGGAUGCCACUAGACUAGAAGCUCGUGUGCUGGCGGCAUCGCUCGACCUUUCGGCCUCGGUGCUACCUAUAGAAGCCGCGAUGCUUAGCAUCCAGCGGCAUAUAGCUUAGGUUUCCAUUCCGCCACGCAGCAUAAUUUUGGGUCAACGCAGCGACGGAGAUGACGUCGUCCCCCCGCGCCUCGGAUCGGCUUGUAUCGAUGCGGUCGAUGGAGCGCCUUUUCAGACAGCCCGCUGUCCAUGCAACGCUUUUCGAGGACAGAGUGUAUGGGCACGACGACUGGACCAAGCACCGCAACGCGGCGUGGCGGCACCGAAUUGAGCCCGUGGUGUUCGCUCGUGUGGCGGUCGGGUUCGGCUGGCAGCUACUGCUGGUGUUCCUGGUGUCCAUCGCUGUGGGCCUGGUCUACACCUUUGUGCCGGGCCUCGACACGCGCCUGGCGGGCGCCCAGCUCACAACCCCCUUCACGUGAGUGGACCACCGCAUGGCACUGCGUAGCGUGCGUGUGUUAAGGGGAGCACCAGGGAGUGUGCGUGUGUUAAGAGGAGCACCAGGGAGUGUGCGUGUGUUAAGAGGAGCACCAGGGAGUGUGCGUGUGUUAAGAGGAGCACCAGGGAGUGUGCGUGUGUUAAGAGGAGCACCAGGGAGUGUGCGUGUGUUAAGAGGAGCACCAGGGAGUGUGCGUGUGUUAAGAGGAGCACCAGGGAGUGUGCGUGUGUUAAGAGGAGCACCAGGGAGUGUGCGUGUGUUAAGAGGAGCACCAGGGAGUGUGCGUGUGUUAAGGGGAGCACCAGGGAGUGUGCGUGUGUUAAGAGGAGCACCAGGGAGUGUGCGUGUGUUAAGAGGAGCACCAGGGAGUGUGCGUGUGUUAAGGGGAGCACCAGGGAGUGUGCGUGUGUUAAGAGGAGCACCAGGGAGUGUGCGUGUGUUAAGGGGAGCACCAGGGAGUGUGCGUGUGUUAAGAGGAGCACCAGGGAGUGUGCGUGUGUUAAGAGGAGCACCAGGGAGUGUGCGUGUGUUAAGAGGAGCACCAGGGAGUGUGCGUGUGUUAAGGGGAGCACCAGGGAGUGUGCGUGUGUUAAGAGGAGCACCAGGGAGUGUGCGUGUGUUAAGGGGAGCACCAGGGAGUGUGCGUGUGUUAAGAGGAGCACCAGGGAGUGUGCGUGUGUUAAGGGGAGCACCAGGGAGUGUGCGUGUGUUAAGAGGAGCACCAGGGAGUGUGCGUGUGUUAAGGGGAGCACCAGGGAGUGUGCGUGUGUUAAGGGGAGCACCAGGGAGUGUGCGUGUGUUAAGAGGAGCACCAGGGAGUGUGCGUGUGUUAAGGGGAGCACCAGGGAGUGUGCGUGUGUUAAGAGGAGCACCAGGGAGUGUGCGUGUGUUAAGAGGAGCACCAGGGAGUGUGCGUGUGUUAAGGGGAGCACCAGGGAGUGUGCGUGUGUUAAGAGGAGCACCAGGGAGUGUGCGUGUGUUAAGGGGAGCACCAGGGAGUGUGCGUGUGUUAAGGGGAGCACCAGGGAGUGUGCGUGUGUUAAGAGGAGCACCAGGGAGUGUGCGUGUGUUAAGAGGAGCACCAGGGAGUGUGCGUGUGUUAAGGGGAGCACCAGGGAGUGUGCGUGUGUUAAGAGGAGCACCAGGGAGUGUGCGUGUGUUAAGAGGAGCACCAGGGAGUGUGCGUGUGUUAAGAGGAGCACCAGGGAGUGUGCGUGUGUUAAGAGGAGCACCAGGGAGUGUGCGUGUGUUAAGAGGAGCACCAGGGAGUGUGCGUGUGUUAAGAGGAGCACCAGGGAGUGUGCGUGUGUUAAGGGGAGCACCAGGGAGUGUGCGUGUGUUAAGAGGAGCACCAGGGAGUGUGCGUGUGUUAAGAGGAGCACCAGGGAGUGUGCGUGUGUUAAGAGGAGCACCAGGGAGUGUGCGUGUGUUAAGGGGAGCACCAGGGAGUGUGCGUGUGUUAAGAGGAGCACCAGGGAGUGUGCGUGUGUUAAGAGGAGCACCAGGGAGUGUGCGUGUGUUAAGAGGAGCACCAGGGAGUGUGCGUGUGUUAAGAGGAGCACCAGGGAGUGUGCGUGUGUUAAGAGGAGCACCAGGGAGUGUGCGUGUGUUAAGAGGAGCACCAGGGAGUGUGCGUGUGUUAAGAGGAGCACCAGGGAGUGUGCGUGUGUUAAGAGGAGCACCAGGGAGUGUGCGUGUGUUAAGGGGAGCACCAGGGAGUGUGCGUGUGUUAAGAGGAGCACCAGGGAGUGUGCGUGUGUUAAGAGGAGCACCAGGGAGUGUGCGUGUGUUAAGGGGAGCACCAGGGAGUGUGCGUGUGUUAAGAGGAGCACCAGGGAGUGUGCGUGUGUUAAGAGGAGCACCAGGGAGUGUGCGUGUGUUAAGAGGAGCACCAGGGAGUGUGCGUGUGUUAAGAGGAGCACCAGGGAGUGUGCGUGUGUUAAGAGGAGCACCAGGGAGUGUGCGUGUGUUAAGGGGAGCACCAGGGAGUGUGCGUGUGUUAAGAGGAGCACCAGGGAGUGUGCGUGUGUUAAGAGGAGCACCAGGGAGUGUGCGUGUGUUAAGAGGAGCACCAGGGAGUGUGCGUGUGUUAAGAGGAGCACCAGGGAGUGUGCGUGUGUUAAGAGGAGCACCAGGGAGUGUGCGUGUGUUAAGAGGAGCACCAGGGAGUGUGCGUGUGUUAAGAGGAGCACCAGGGAGUGUGCGUGUGUUAAGAGGAGCACCAGGGAGUGUGCGUGUGUUAAGAGGAGCACCAGGGAGUGUGCGUGUGUUAAGAGGAGCACCAGGGAGUGUGCGUGUGUUAAGGGGAGCACCAGGGAGUGUGCGUGUGUUAAAAGGAGCACCAGGGAGUGUGCGUGUGUUAAAAGGAGCACCAGGGAGUGUGCGUGUGUUAAGAGGAGCACCAGGGAGUGUGCGUGUGUUAAGAGGAGCACCAGGGAGUGUGCGUGUGUUAAGAGGAGCACCAGGGAGUGUGCGUGUGUUAAGAGGAGCACCAGGGAGUGUGCGUGUGUUAAGAGGAGCACCAGGGAGUGUGCGUGUGUUAAGGGGAGCACCAGGGAGUGUGCGUGUGUUAAGAGGAGCACCAGGGAGUGUGCGUGUGUUAAGAGGAGCACCAGGGAGUGUGCGUGUGUUAAGAGGAGCACCAGGGAGUGUGCGUGUGUUAAGGGGAGCACCAGGGAGUGUGCGUGUGUUAAGAGGAGCACCAGGGAGUGUGCGUGUGUUAAGGGGAGCACCAGGGAGUGUGCGUGUGUUAAGAGGAGCACCAGGGAGUGUGCGUGUGUUAAGGGGAGCACCAGGGAGUGUGCGUGUGUUAAGAGGAGCACCAGGGAGUGUGCGUGUGUUAAGGGGAGCACCAGGGAGUGUGCGUGUGUUAAGGGGAGCACCAGGGAGUGUGCGUGUGUUAAGAGGAGCACCAGGGAGUGUGCGUGUGUUAAGGGGAGCACCAGGGAGUGUGC